CUCCGUUGGAGCCAUAGGAACCGUAGAUUUUUACUUCUGAAGCUGCAUUACGGAGCACAGUAACAGCUUUGAAGUUUGGAUCAGGAUUAGACUUUAGAGCUUAGACCAGUCCACGUGCCAGGAAAACGAACAAAACCCCAGAGAUGUCAGCGCAGAAAGAUCACGCAAGCCGAGCCACAUGCAAAGAAACAAACAAGAACAGUCAUGAGACGUCGCUUCCUAUCUGCAACAGCCAACAGUGCCAAGAGAAGCCUGCAGAGCGCCCCCACAAGUCCCCUCCUGGCGGUCCUCCUCCUCUCUCUCUCUCUCUCUCUCUCUCUCUCUCUCCUCUGUGUUCUCCGGUCGCCUGGUUCCAACACUUGGAUCAUCUGCCCUCUUGCUCUGGAUCACUACACCAUUUUUUAUUUUGUUUGAUAUAGGACUUGGUUUAGAAAGGGUUCCCAGGACAGGGAGAGGAAUUACAGUUCAGUAGUCAUAUCUGAGCAAGAGUUCCACCUAUGGCUUUCUUUCUAUUUUGUUCUCUAGCAUUUGUCCAUGUUUGUUCAUGGGAUGUGACCAAGGCAUGAUCUUUUAGGCAUUUAGUGAUCCCGUCAAGAUUCAGCAAGUCAAGAAGAAUUGGAGGUAGCAGUUAUACUUUAGGAGAGAGAAAAUCGCAGCCACUGAUUCAAGACCACACCCCCCCCCCCCCCGCCCCAUUUUUCUGUUUCUUGCAUUUAUUUUGGGCUUUGUAAGUAUGCGCGGAAGUGAGGAGGCAUCCGAGAUUCAAAGGGAGGACAUGCAUUCCGGUACAAGGCGAGAGGAGAAUUGAGUUUGAAUUCUUCUUGCGGGCGUGGAGACAUGAAGAGCGGCAGCGCCGGCGCCUCCGCGCCCAGCGCCGGCGGCAGCAGCCUGGCGAUCGCCGAGCGGCAGAAGCCGGCGCCGUCGUGCGUGGCGGCGCUGUUCCAGAUGUUCGCCAGGAGGAAGCUCUUCUCCUCGUCCUCAAAGAAGAGCAAGCUGCUCCCCUCAGUGCGCGCACAGAAGUUCUCGCCCGGGAGACCGGCGGGCGGCGGCGAGAAGACGGCGGCGGCCAAGAUGAGGCCCCUUUUGCUUGAUUCUGCGGAUUACUCAAGAAGCAAAAUUGAAAGCAAUGGCACCAGUCACUACCCACAGCCUGGCCAAGACAGAAACUGCGGUGAGAAUGAAAUGUGUGCUCCAGGAGUGGUAGCCCGGCUGAUGGGUCUCAGCUCGAUGCCGGCUGUGAACCAUCCAAGGCCGACCAAAGCCACAGACUCCACCGAGCUCGGUGACCACUGGAAUUCAGGCCCUCAAGAUUGGUCCGGUACAUCUCGGAGCAUGUACACAUCGCCUCAGAAGCAACAGAAGACAGGGCAGGUCUUGGAUGAUCGGCGGCAGGACAAUGGAAGUCAGUUCAAUGCUCCAGAUACACGGCCAUUGUGGCCACGGAGGCAUGCACACAAGGUGGCCAAACCUAUUAAGAGCCCAAGGUCGAUGUCCAGCAGGAACAAGGCUCGGCUGAUUGAAGCAGCAGUCAAGGUUCUGGAAACUGGGUUGCAGUCAAGGACUCGACGUCUUUCACGGCCACAUGCAUAUUUGGAGUAUCCAUGCAGCAAUGAUGAUGGUGAGCCUGGUGCUGCUGCUGUCUUGCAAAAUUUGUCUGAUCAAUUCUUAAGGGAUAUGUCUGAUGGAGAUGCACAAAGAUUAGGUGCUCACAACAUGGGAGCUACAUCUCUGCACAACUCGACUUCUAAUAAGUGGAUCGAAGAGGAUACUAGCAGAAAGAGUUUUCUGUUUAGGAGGUCAGACCAGAAUGUACCGUGUCAAAUUCAACCUGAAGGAAAUGGUAAGUACUUGCUCAUUAGCUCGAGCGAGAACCCUGUUUUUGAGGACAGUGCUAAGAGGACCUCCAAUUGUGUUGCUGUCACAAAUAGAGAUGCCCGAAGAAAUCAGCCUAGGAACAUAUCCCGGGAGAGCGCUCGUCAUGGCCCUCUUAAACAAAACAACCUGAAGCAGAAUACACUACCUGCAGCAUGUAGAGAGGCAGAUCCAGGAUCUAUGGUCCAAAGGAAUAAACAUAGAAGUGGGGAGCGAAAUGCGACAAACACAGCUCAGGACUUUGUUUCUCUGAACAAAAAGAUGACUGGCAGUAAAUCUUUGAGGUCAAAAAGAAAGGAGUUGGAUAGAUUUGGUGAGUCACAUAUUAAUUCAGAGAACAAGAACAUGACCACAAAAGGUCGUCAAAGCAGCAGCCUGCAUAGUGAUACCUCUAACAAACUGAAGCUAAAGACUGUAACUCCAAAAGCUAUGGAGAAAGGCAUGAUAAUUGCAAAAGGAGCAGGAUUGGUCAGUGAGAACCCGAAGUCUGCCAGUCAAAACCGUGCAAGGAGUGAUUUCCAGAGACAGUCAGAAUCAUGCAACGUUUCAAGGGUUAACAAGAAAUCAGGCAUUAUUUCUUCCAAUUCCAGUUCACCAGUGAAAGUUGAUGCCACUUCUUUGUGUGGUGAUAAUGCUACAAGAACGGGUACUGCUGUUCAGGGAUCUCCAGUCAGUGCUUGCCCUAAGAAACACUCUAGUAGAGACUGGCAAAGUACAUCUACUCAAAGAGGAUUAGUUUCCAGGGAAGUAUUACAAGGCAUAUCAAGUCCGGAGACCACAGAAUCAGUUUUCUUUAACAAAGAUGAGUUGAAAAAUAGAGAUACUCCUGAUGGUAGAGCAGCAUCUUCUUUAUUUGAAAAGAAGUGGGCUGUACCUGUUACAGAAGAUUCUUUGAGUGAUGCACUGCUAUGGCAGCGCAACGCAGUGGAUACCGUGACUUACAGCUUCGGAGACAGUUCUAAACGUGUCCAGUUGUGUGAAACUUAUAAGAAGCAUGAGGCUGAUGCAAAAGGUUGCAGUCCAUCUCCAUCUAUUUCCAGAGGCAGCAAUAAGAAAAGCCCUACAUUUAUUCUGCAAUCUACAUGUGCAGAUGACGCCUUCAUUCCUGGUAUUCCACUCAAUACUGCAGAAGCCUCCUUCACUGACUGCCAUCCGAUGGAGACAUGUACGCCAGCUGCUCGCAUGCAAGAUGUAACUGUCGAGAUAAACUCCAGGUCUUCUGAACCUAAUGUUGGCCAGCAUGAUACUCGACCGUUUGAGCCGGCAUUCCAAGACAGCAAGCUGAAACACCCUGAAGAGGUUACAACAACCGUCGAGCUGCUGCUAACUAACGUCCGCUCUUCUACUCGACACAAAUUGAAGGAGCCGUCCAAGACAUUCCUCCUCCGGACAAUCGAGUCCACUCUGUUCACCUUGGCUCCAGGCUCCAAGCAGGAUCUCAACACCACCACCAAGGCGGCCAAGGAAGCGAGCUCGCUAAGGAACCUCGCGCUCGAUCUCGUCUGGGACUGCUUGGACUCGAUGUGCACCCAUCUCUGCGACUCGGGCUACAGGUCGUUCACGAAGCAGGGUCUGGUCUGCACCGAGGAUAGGCUGGCUGCGGAGGUCGGGAAGGAGAUCGCCAGGUUCAGCGACAUGGCUGGGAGGGGUUUGGACGAACUGGCUGUGAGUGAAGUGGAGAACGCGGUUGAAGCUGGCAUGAAUUCCAUGCCGGAAGCGUUUCAGAUCGGAGCCCAGAUCGAGCAGGAUCUGGUCCAGGAGCUUGUGGACGAGAUCGGGCUUGACUUGUUCAGGCGUUGGUGACUUCAUAGUAAUGAUUGAUGAUUCCUUAGUUCUA